CCAACACAGGCUGUGAUCGACAGAUAUUGUGCCCAAUCACGCACAUUCAUCAACCAUCCUUACAACAAGCACCGAUUUACAUUUCAACCAUUCAGAUUCAUUCACAAUUAACCCAUUCCUUUUCAUUCCAUUAGUCUACAACACUAGCAUUCUUAUCAGAAUCACCAAAAAAAUGACACGAACCCUUGAAAAGGAAAAAAUCAAAGGUGCACCUGAAAGUGUCUACUAUCUACCCGAUUUUAUUACACCUGAGGAAGAGCAGAUACUGCUGGACAAGGUUCUCUCUGCUCCAAAACCCAAAUGGGUUUAUCUCAAAAGCAGACGGCUACAGAACUGGGGUGGCAUAGUAAAUGAAAAAGGAAUGAUCGCAGAAACUCUGCCAUCUUGGCUCUCGGACAUCUUCCCUCGCUUCCAGGAAACUGGGGUCUUUGAUGGUCUGGACGCCACUCAUCGCGUCCCCAACCAUUGUCUGGUGAAUGAGUACCUUGCAGGACAGGGGAUUAUGCCUCAUAAAGACGGUCCUGCGUACCUACCUACUGUCGCGACUAUCUCAUUGUCAUCUCAUUGUGUGCUAGAGUUCUUCAAAGUCCCAGAGGUUGAUAAGGAAACAGAGGAUGAGCACAAACAGACUCAAGAACCCGAGUUUUCUCUUCUGAUUCAGCCGCGGUCUUUAUUAGUGUUAAAGGAAGAUGUAUACAACAAAUAUAUGCAUGGGAUCCAAGAGAUCACGACCGAUGAUCUCAGUGGAGGCAAUAUUGUGAACUUGGCAGAGGCUUUUCCUGAAGGUUUGAGUCAUGACAGAAUGGAGUUGGAACGGCGCACCAGAAUAUCACUCACAUUCAGGAUUGUCCAAAAGACUCUGAGAGCCAACAAGAUUUUGAUGCGCCGUUAA